ACAAUACCUACUUCAUAGACUGUUUUUCUUUCUUUGUUUUUUUACACGUUUAAUCCACGCAUAUACUUCAUAGACUGUUAAGGGAAUCCAUUACAUAAAACACAACAUACACAAAGAGUCUAGCAUAGUGCCCAGUACAUAGCUAAGCAAUGUUAACUUAUUUCUACCAAGACUAUAGUGUAUUUAUGUGUUAAUAUAGUCAUUAUAUUAAUGUGGUAAGAAGUAGGAUUUAACUGUAUACUUUGAGGAAUACAUACAAGAUAAUAAUUGUUCCAGAUUUCAUCAGUAACUUAGCCUCAGAGCGCUCCUUUAAAAAGUUCUGAAUAGAUUUUCUUCUUGGAAAUAAUACUUUUUGAAAAGUGUAAACUUUAAUAUGUACUACAUACCAAAAGCACAAGUAAAGGAAGCUUUGUUGUGUUUUAAUACAAACCACAUAGCAAAACUUUAAUCACCUUAAAAUUAGGGGAGCAAACAGGUAGUAUUGUAAUAAUUGAUUGUUUUUCGAUAUUUACCUUAAGAAAUGCCUUGACCAUAGUCCCAGUGUGGUACUAAAUAAAGAUAUUUACACAUGUAAUAUGCAUUCUGUGUAUAGAUGUCUUAUGUAUUCCUUAUGCUUUAUUCUUGAGAAUUUCUUCACUACUAUUUUCAUUUAGUCUAAGAAGAAAUCAAGAAAGCCUAUUUCCUUAGUCAUCUUAGUCAUUAUCCACCCCCACCAGCCCUCCAGGCUAAGAACAUUGUGCAGACUGAGUUAUUAAAGUUGAUAUGAAAGAGCAAUCUGUUCUAAAUGACUGUCCCUGGAUCUGCAACGGAACCCUGUAAAUACCCUUCAUUACGCUGGCGGGACCGUAUCACAUUUCCCUUCAUGCCACUUUUGUGUCUGACACAAGUUAGGCAGUGAGAUUUGGACUUUAGAUGAUCCUGGUUGAUUGAUAGAGGAAUGGUGCUUCUCCUGAGACAGAGGUUUUGUUUGGUUUUUUUAAUCUGAUACUGGAUCCGUUAAGAUGAAUCUACAAACUUCAAGCAAAACAUAUUGAAGCUUUGGUAUAUGUGGAAUGUUUCACAGGCACAUGGUCUAUACAGCUCAAAAUAACUUGGGACCUGUGAGCUGACAAAUGCUCUGGCUUCGGUGGUGACAGGUUGUCCAGCUUCUCACAGCCAUCUUCACUGAAACUAAGGUUAACUCCUCACUCUCUAUGGACGGCUGCUCUCUAUUUCCAAGGACGUGAAGAAUUUUCCUCUUCUCCUGUGCUUUCAUCUAAAAGUUCUCCCUGGAUAAUUAUCAUUGCAGUGGAGUGCCUGGCUUGGACAUCCUCAUCUGGGUCAACUGAAAAAAGAAAGCAUGCAAGACGACAGCAUAGAAGCUUCUACUUCCAUAUCUCAGCUUCUAAGAGAGAGCUAUUUAGCUGAAACCAGACAUCGGGGAAACAAUGAGAGGAGUCGAGCAGAGCCUUCCUCCAACCCUUUCCAUUUUGGCAGUCCUUCUGGCGCUGCUGAAGGAGGGGGAGGCCAAGAUGACCUUCCAGAUCUUUCAGCCUUUCUGAGCCAAGAAGAAUUGGAUGAAAGUGUCAAUCUGGCAAGACUGGCCAUCAAUCACGACCCUUUGGAGAAGGCAGAUGAAACUCAAGCUAGAAAACGACUUUCUUCUGAUCAGAUGAAACACUCACCUAAUUUAAGUUUUGAGCCUAACUUCUGCCAGGAUAACCCUCGAAGUCCCACCAGCUCUAAAGAAAGCCCCCAGGAGGCAAAAAGGCCACAGUAUUGUUCUGAAAGCCAGUCCAAAAAAGUAUUCUUAAAUAAGGCUGCUGACUUCAUUGAAGAGCUAUCCUCCCUUUUCAAAGCCCACAGCUCCAAAAGGAUUAGACCUCGUGCCUGCAAAAACCACAAGAGUAAACUGGAAUCUCAAAACAAAGUUAUGCAGGAAAAUAGCUCCAGUUUCUCAGAUCUGUCAGAAAGACGAGAAAGAUCUUCUGUUCCCAUCCCUAUCCCUGCGGAUACCAGGGAUAAUGAAGUGAAUCAUGCCCUCGAACAGCAGGAAGCCAAGAGGCGUGAAUCGGAGCAGGCUGCCAGUGAGGCGGCUGGUGGAGACGCCACCCCAGGGUCUUCACCUUCAUCUCUCUACUAUGAAGAACCUCUGGGGCAACCUCCCCGGUUCACUCAAAAGUUACGGAGCAGAGAAGUUCCAGAAGGAACUCGAGUACAGUUGGAUUGCAUAGUGGUAGGAAUUCCACCACCUCAAGUAAGGUGGUACUGUGAAGGCAAGGAGCUCGAAAAUUCCCCAGACAUUCACAUCGUCCAGGCAGGAAAUCUGCACUCACUGACCAUUGCAGAAGCCUUUGAAGAGGACACAGGACGCUAUUCCUGCUUUGCGUCUAACAUCUAUGGGACAGAUUCGACUUCUGCUGAGAUUUAUAUAGAAGGGGUUUCUUCUUCUGACUCAGAAGGGGACCCUAACAAGGAAGAGAUGCAUCGAAGCCAGAAGCCAAAUGAGGCGUCAUCUCCUCCCACUACCUCUGCAGCCAUUCCUCCAGCAGUACCCCAAGCCCAGCAUUUGGCGGCCCAACCUGGGCUGGCAACCAUCCAGCAGUGCCAGAGCCCUACCAAUUACUUGCAAGGAUUGGAUGGAAAACCUAUCAUUGCAGCUCCUGUGUUUACAAAGAUGCUACAAAAUUUGUCAGCUUCUGAGGGUCAGCUGGUUGUGUUUGAAUGCAGAGUAAAAGGAGCCCCAUCUCCUAAGGUUGAGUGGUAUAGAGAAGGGACUUUAAUAGAAGAUUCUCCAGAUUUUAGGAUUUUACAGAAAAAACCUCGAUCCAUGGCAGAGCCAGAGGAGAUUUGCACCUUGGUCAUUGCUGAGGUGUUUGCAGAAGACUCUGGGUGCUUCACAUGUACUGCAAGCAACAAAUACGGCACAGUGUCAAGCAUUGCACAGCUGCACGUGAGAGGAAAUGAAGACCUCAGCAACAACGGGUCUCUUCACUCAGCCAACUCUACCACCAACCUUGCUGCUAUUGAGCCACAGCCCUCCCCACCCCACUCAGAGCCUCCAUCUGUGGAACAACCCCCCAAACCCAAACUCGAGGGGGUUCUGGUGAACCACAAUGAGCCCCGGUCCAGCUCCAGGAUUGGGCUUCGUGUGCACUUCAACCUGCCUGAAGACGACAAAGGGAGUGAAACAUCCUCCGAGGCUGGCAUGGCGACCACCAGACAGACCAGGCCCGAUUGUUUCCAGGAGAGGUUCAACGGACAGGCAGCAAAAGUCCCAGAGCCUUCUUCCCCGGUCAGAGAGCCCCCUCCAGUUCUGGCCAAACCUAAACUCGAUUCCACUCAGUUACAACAGCUUCAUAACCAAGUCUUACUGGAACAACAGCAGCUGCAAAACCCAUCUCCUUCUUCUCCUAAGGAGUUUCCUUUCAACCUGAGUGUUUUGAACUCCACUGCUCCCCCGGCGGUGACCACAUCCAGCAAGCAGGCGAAGGCCCCUUCAUCACAGACGUUCAGCUUGUCCCGACCGAAGCAUUUCUUCCCCUCCACGAACACCACCGCAGCAACCGUGGCCCCUUCCAGCUCUCCGGUGUUCACUUUGAGCAGCACUCCUCUAACUAUUCAGAGGACAGUGAGCAAAGAAAGCCUCUUAGUGUCUCACCCCUCCGUGCAAACCAAAUCUCCAGGAGGGGUUUCCAUCCAAAAUGAGCCACCCCCAUCAGGCCCAACGGAGCCAACACCACCACCACUUACAUUUUCCAUCCCCAGCGGAAGCCAGUUUCAGCCCCGCUGUGUGUCCCCAACUCCUGUCUCGCCUACCAGCCGGAUUCAGAACCCAGUGGCUUUCCUCAGCUCUGUUCUGCCUUCUCUCCCUGCCAUCCCACCCACAAAUGCCAUGGGGCUGCCUAGGAGUGCACCAUCCAUGCCAUCCCAGGGAUUAGUGAAGAAAAAUACAAAGUCUCCUCAACCAGUGAAUGAUGACUACAUUCGUGAAACUAAGAAGGCGGUGAUUCGAGACUUGGGGAAAAAAAUAAAUUUCAGUGAUGUCAGACCAAACCAGCAGGAGUACAAAAUUUCAAGCUUUGAGCAGAGGCUGAUGAAUGAAAUCGAGUUUCGCUUGGAACGUACUCCUGUUGAUGAAUCAGAUGAUGAAAUUCAACAUGAUGAGAUCCCCACGGGCAAGUGUAUUGCUCCCGUCUUUGACAAGAGACUCAAGCACUUCCGGGUCACAGAAGGCUCUCCAGUCACAUUCACCUGCAAAAUUGUAGGGAUACCUGUUCCAAAGGUUUACUGGUUCAAAGAUGGGAAGCAGAUUUCCAAGAGAAAUGAGCACUGCAAAAUGAGACGAGAAGGAGAUGGGACAUGUUGUCUGCACAUUGAAUCCACCACCAGCGAUGACGAUGGCAACUACACCAUCAUGGCAGCCAACCCCCAGGGGAGAAUCAGCUGUUCUGGCCACUUGAUGGUACAAAGUUUGCCCAUUCGUAGUCGACUAACCUCUGCGGGUCAGUCUCAUAGGGGAAGGUCCCGAGUGCAAGAAAGAGACAAAGAGCCCCUACAGGAACGCUUUUUCCGACCACAUUUCCUGCAGGCUCCUGGAGAUAUGGUAGCUCACGAGGGGCGCCUCUGUCGGCUGGACUGUAAGGUGAGUGGUUUACCGCCUCCGGAGCUGACGUGGCUACUCAAUGGCCAACCCGUGCUACCAGAUGCCUCCCACAAGAUGCUGGUCAGGGAGACCGGAGUCCAUUCUCUGCUCAUCAAUCCACUCACGCAGCGCGACGCAGGGACCUACACGUGCAUUGCUACCAACAAAACCGGGCAGAACUCUUUUAGUCUGGAACUCUCUGUAGUAGCCAAAGAGGUGAAGAAAGCACCUGUGAUCCUGGAGAAACUACAGAACUGCGGUGUUCCCGAAGGCCACCCCGUGAGACUGGAGUGCCGCGUGAUAGGCAUGCCCCCACCUGUGUUCUACUGGAAGAAAGACAAUGAAACCAUCCCUUUCACCAGAGAGAGGAUCAGUAUGCACCAGGACACCACAGGGUACGUCUGCCUCCUCAUCCAGCCGGCCAAGAAAUCAGACGCUGGGUGGUACACGUUGUCAGCCAAGAACGAAGCUGGCAUCGUGUCGUGCACUGCCAGGCUGGAUAUAUAUGCUCAGUGGCACCAUCAGAUCCCACCACCCAUGUCCAUUCGGCCCAGCGGCAGUCGCUAUGGAUCUCUCACCAGUAAAGGACUUGACAUAUUUUCUGCCUUUUCCUCCAUGGAAAGCACGAUGGUGUAUUCAUACUCUUCUGGGAGUGUAGUGGAGAGUGAUGAACUUUAAGAAUGUCUGGGUGCCUGCUGUGUAAGGGAGCGGACUGCGGAGGGGAAAGGAGAACAAGCCGGACUCAGUGGUUUCCAAGCAACCGAAGUUGAGUAAGUUCCCACGCUGCCCGACCGGUGGCAAGAAGUGCUUUGAAUAAGGCAGCUGGGGAUUCUUGCAGUCUCAGCUGAGGGAGAAAGGGCUGUGCCUUCUAAAGAUUCCAACAAAGAUGUGAGAAGAUAAAACAGAUGAAUCAAAGAUGUCACACAAUUGCCAUCCACUGCUUUGGGAAAAAACUAGCAUGCUCCCCUGGCCCCCGUUUUGUUAGGGAUCUUAAGUACUAGGAGCAAUUAGGAGCCGUAUGCCUGGGCUGAGAGGAGUUAGGCAGUAGUGACCUUAGGAUAUAACUAACUUACCAAACAAUGCCAAAAAGAAAGGUGGGGAGGUCACCAUCACCUUUCAUCGAUUACAUGUAUAGCAGUAGCUUUGGCGAAUUUACUAAAUCAGCUUCCACGUAGCAUUAGGAGGUCAUGCCAUACAACUCACAUAUGGAGACGAACACUUCUGAUUUGUGUAUCGUGGGUGUACUGAGCCACAUACUAAGGUGUCAAAAUGUGUUUGAGAUUCCAAAAACUCACUCAGACACUUGAUAUUGCACAGUGCACUUAUUCUGUGGCCAAAACAUGGCCUCACCAGCUUGUCUGCACCAUUUUCUUUUGGGUGGUGACUGGUUUUUUUCUGACUUUGCAUAUCCCUAGACACUAGAACUAAAGAGUUGUUAAUAAACCAAGCAGAAAGAAACCUUCUGCGGGGUCACUUUUUAAACUACUAGCUUCAAUUGCCACUUACAAAAUGUGCAAGAGUCAUCAUUUGCCCAUAAAAUACACCUCAUGCACUCCUACCCUUCUCCCCAAGAGUCUGAAAGUGUAGGAGGAGGGAAGCGAUACAGACAAGGAGAGGAAAUGAUGGGAGAGUGUUGUUUUUGUCACUUGCCCCAGCAGAGCAGCGGUUUUGGAAGGAGAGCUCUUUAAUAGCUUUGAAAUGCUUUGAGAUCAUUGGACAAAGUGCAUUUUCUAUGUAGAAAAUAUUCUGCUAAGUGGAAAAGUUAGGGGAAAGGGGAAUAUGCAUCUUUAUUCUAAUCACCAAUUCAAACCCUGCCUCUUAAGGAAUUUUUAGACUUAAGUUCACUGUGGUAUCCCUAGUGCCUAGAAGAGUACCUAGCACAAAGUAGACAUUCAAUAAAUAUUUGCUGGAUGAAUGAAUCUUAUAUUAUUGUGUCUAUUAUAAGAUAGCCUAAUCUUAUACUCUGCAGGAAUAUACAGCCCACACAGCAGUCCAAACACUGCCCUGGGAAUGCGCCUCACAGCACAGUUUGCUCUAGGCUCUCCAGGGAAGUGAAUUGCAGGUGUCUGUUAUCAACUCCCUGUGCUCGAAUCUCUAGUGCUGUCUGUGCCAAGCACCCUCAGCUGGCAUUGUAUUUGUGUGAACAGACAGUAAGUGCUUAGAAAGGCUUGAAACUUUCUUCACUUCAAGGCAAGGAUUUCCAGUAUAAAAAUAAAUUCAUUCACUCGAGAAA